AUGAGCCGAUCUUUCCUCACCACGUCAUGUAUGUAUCGUAAUUACAUUUUGCCAAUUUUCCGUCAUCCGUACUCUCGUCUGCCAUCAGUGCUCCGACACCAGCUCACCUUCCUCUCACCUGUCACUUUGUUUCACACCCCGUCGGUCGGACAACAGUGCAAGGUUGCCUCUUGCAGUGGGUGUGAGAAGAUGGAGGAGGAGAAUGCAGGAUACUGCAAGAGUUGCCGUCAAGCUGGGUCUUCCGGCAGGUGGAACAUUAAAGUGGUGCCUCUAUCAAAAGUGACUGAGGCUCUUUCAGCCUCAUCUCGGCCAUGGGCAAGACAUACUCUUUGCUCUCUGGAUUACUCCGUCUCCGCGCCCCGUUACUGUAGCACAUCGACAUGGGCCUCUCAUACACACGCCCCGCUCGUCUACUCCACUUUGCGCAUCGCAACUUCACCUUCUGGUUCGAGAGCCUGGAAGCUCAUUCGGUCUCUCUGUCUGAGACACCAGCUGCCGUAG